AUGCCUUAUCAAUUCACGCCCAUCACAAUCGAAGCGGAACGUGGCAAACCGCUUGACCCCUUCCUGAAACGGCCCCUCUACAUCCCCGAGCUCUCCCUCCUCUUCGUAACCGACAUCCCUGCGACCGACCGAAUCUUUCCAUCGACGGGCAAGCCAACCGGAUGCCCGUGCUGGCCUGGAACCCCGGUCACGCGGCGCAUUCUGAAUGCAGACUUAAAGAAAGGCAUCCUAGCCCUCGACCAGACCACCAGGGCCCUGACGACGCUGGCCGCGCGCUACUGA